GAAAUCACGUGAUAUGACACUCACUCUGUUGCACCUUCUCCAAUGCGAACCCUAAAACACCCCACAUACCACUGACUAAUCCUGGGAGGUCCUCGCCUUGCUUUGAAAUCAAGGCUGGUCAAGGAAAAAGCGUUAAGGCCCCCGUUUCCCCCCGGUGCGAGAAAUCCUCAGCCGAACGACGACUUCAUCACCAAAUACACCCAGCACAAGACAAAAGAAAAUCAGUCAAAAUGGCCCGUCGUCCCGCUCGUUGCUACCGGUACUGCAAGAACAAGCCGUACCCCAAGUCGCGGUUCAACCGUGGUGUCCCCGACCCCAAGAUUCGUAUCUUCGACCUGGGCCGCAAGCGUGCUACCGUCGAUGACUUCCCUCUGUGCAUCCACCUCGUCUCGAACGAGUACGAGCAGCUGAGCUCCGAGGCUCUUGAGGCCGCCCGUAUUUGCGCCAACAAGUACCUGGUCAAGAACGCCGGAAAGGAAGGUUUCCACCUGCGUGUCCGCGCCCACCCGUACCACGUCGUCCGCAUCAACAAGAUGUUGUCGUGCGCUGGUGCCGAUAGACUGCAGACCGGUAUGCGUGGUGCUUGGGGUAAGCCCAACGGCACUGUCGCCCGUGUCAACAUCGGCCAGAUCAUCCUGAGUGUCCGCACUCGUGACUCCAACCGUGCUCUUGCCCUGGAGGCUCUCCGUCGCUCGCAGUACAAGUUCCCCGGUCGCCAAAAGAUCAUUAUCUCCAAGAACUGGGGUUUCACCCCUCUCCGUCGCGAGGAGUACCUUGAGAAGAAGGCUGCUGGUCGCGUCAAGGUCGACGGUGCUUACGUUCAGUUCCUUGCCAACCACGGUUCCCUCGAGAACAACAUGAAGCGCUUCCCCGAGGCCUUUGCAGCUUAAGUUGAUCCACCUUUCAUCGUUGGGCUGGAUUAGGCUGGGUUUGAGGACAGGACUUGCAUGAUUGUUUUAUUUCUCUGGGUUUCCAUGGCGGCGUAAUUGGGGUUCAUUCUCGCAAAAGGGCUGAGACGGGAAAGCAUGUUCAGUAGCCAUCUAGAACUAGGCACAAACCCGCGGCUUCUGUGUUCUCUAUGGAAAUUGUGACUGGUUUCUUGAGGCUGUUGUUGACUUUGCCUGCUGGAAACCGGCAUACCUUGACUUGCUGCUUUGACUGGGUCACCGAGGGCAAAGAAUGACGGCAUAGUGCUAAAUUCGGCUAUCACGGGUCAGUUCCCGAUUCAUGGCGUGGAGCAGUGAGUGGCAUAAGGUCGUUUGUUCAUUUGUCAAGUUGGAUAGGAGUCCAUAAGACAACUAGUCACCCAGCUCUAUGAAGCCGCAGCUUCUACGGCUUGCACGGAUCCUACCGAUGAACCCACAGCCAGCCCCGCAUCAUGCAGGAGAUGGAUUGACGGUGUCUUAGGUCUAGGAUAGGAUAUGCAUCUGCUGCAUCUAACGUGCCUGCGUAUGACCCAGCACACCCUCCAGAACCAGUAGACCCAAUACUUUGUGCGUUGGCUAUGUGGGUGUCAAGCACCCACAAUCUUUCAUUCUCGGGCACCUUGCCUCCAUCCAAGGCGAUUCUGUACCCCUUAAUGAACGUUGAGACAGUGUCAUUAAUUAUCUCAAACCGACUUGUCACUCGGGAAUAUGACGACAUUUAGGUUGGGAGGAGGUAAUAUGAAUCUGUUCCGACCGCCGGAACGGUUUAUAAGCGCAUGACCUCAACAGAGUCGUCUUUUGAGCGGGGUUUGCUUCAAAACUAGGAUCGCUUGUUAGAGGGUCUAGCGUUUGCGCUAUCAGUUAUCUACCAUAUGUACAAUCCUAUUAGCCUAGGACAAACUCGUUCUGCAGCACACCCAGCACAUUUUGCGGAAGUAGUCCAACAAGAAAUAUCUAGGUAUGGGUGUUCGCAAUGUGCAAUAAGUGUCCCAUUUUGGCACUUCUUCGGCAGGCUGGUAGCCAUGUGGUGCCCCGCAAUCAAGGUGCUUUGUUGAAAGGCGUGGCGAACCCCUUGAUCCCAUGUCAGAGCAGGAUUCUUUGGUACUUGAGGACGCGUGUGAGCUAGGAUGCGAUAUUGACCUUAGCGGGACCGUUAUACAUAAAAAAUCAGAAUACUACUUGUGGCUCCGGUAUCUCUACUUGUGGCAUGCUUGCCAUUCAAUGUUUGCCAAGUUUCUUACCACCAGGUUUAUUGGAGUUCUCAUGGAUCUUCAUCACGAGCAGUCAAAGUAGCAAGCACAUAACCAAAACAAUAUCAUUAUGAUCUACGCCAGUUGGACCCUUACUUACUUUACCAUCGCCACGCUGUCGUUGCCUAGGUCAUACGCAGAGAGGGCAACAAGCCCGUCGGGAAUCACUCGAAAAAAUCAAUAUGUUUCCCAG